AUGCCGAAGCCAAUAGCUGAUUUUACUCAGCAGGAGAAUGUCUUGAUAAUGGAUGAGCUGUCAUAUGACAAAGAUCAGUUAAAGGCUGAUCAUGAUCUGGAUUUUAUAAAAAUGACAGGCGAGCAAAGAGAGAUUUAUGAUGAGGUGCUUAGUGCUGUCUUAGAAAAGAAAGGAGGCGUUUUUUUUGUCUAUGGCUUUGGUGGAACUGGGAAAACAUUUUUGUGGAGAUUGUUGUCUGCUGCUAUUAGAUACAGAGGAGAAAUCUGUUUGAAUGUUGCAUCAAGUGGGAUAGCUUCGCUGCUACUACCAGGGGGAAGGACAGCACAUUCUAAAUUUGGAAUACCAAUCAACCCAGAUGAGUUUUCAACUUGCACACUAACUCAAGGAUCUGAUCAAGCAAAUUUGAUUAAAGCGGCUUCUCUGAUCAUUUGGGACGAAGCCCCAAUGAUGAGCAAGCACUGUUUUGAAUCCUUGGAUAGGAGUAUGGCUGACAUUGUUGGGAAUAAGGACAAUUUGCCUUUUGGUGGGAAAGUUGUUGUCCUAGGAGGCGAUUUUAGACAAGUGUUGCCUGUCAUUCAUGGAGCUGGAAGAGCUGAAAUUGUUUUGGCAUCUUUAAAUUCGUCUUAUCUUUGGAAACAUGUGAAAGUGUUGAAGCUGACAAAGAAUAUGAGGCUAAUGGCAAACGAUUUAUCCCCUGGAGAAGCUAAAGAUUUAGAAGAGUUUUCAAAGUCGAUAUUGGAUGUUGGAGAUGGAAAUAUAGGUGAGAGCAAUGAUGGGGAGGCUCUAAUCAAUAUUCCUGAAGAGUUUAUUAUUCUUGAUGAUCAGGAUCCUAUUGAGUCUAUAAGCAAAGCUGUGUAUGGUGAUGUGGUUUCUUUGCAGCAGAAUAAAGAACCCAAGUUUUUCCAAGAAAGAGCAAUACUAUGUCCAACUAACCAGGAUGUCGACAAGAUUAAUCAGCACAUGUUGGAUCAGUUUGAUGGUGAGGAAAGGAUCUACUUAAGCUCUGAUACAAUAGAUGCUUCAGAUAAAUUUUCAGUUAAUGAUCAAGCUCUGACUCCAGAUUUCUUAAACACCAUCAAAGUUUCAGGUUUACCUAAUCAUAGUCUUCGCUUAAAGAUUGGUUGUCCUGUGAUGUUGCUAAGAAACAUUGAUCCUACUGGGGGAUUAAUGAAUGGGACUCGACUUCAGAUUACAGAGAUGUACGAGAACAUAAUAAAGGCAAAAGUGAUUACAGGCGAUAAGGUUGGGCGAGUUGUUCUUAUUCCUAGGCUUGCUAUUACCCCUUCUGAGAAGAAGUUGCCUUUCAAGAUGAGGAGGAGGCAACUUCCUAUUGCUGUGGCCUUUGCCAUUACAAUUAAUAAGAGUCAGGGCCAAUCACUCUCAGAAGUUGGUAUUUAUCUACCUAGACCAGUCUUCUCUCAUGGCCAACUAUAUGUCGCAAUCUCUAGAGUUACAUCUAAGAAAGGGUUGAAGAUUUUGAUUGUCGACGAUGAAGGCAAGCCACAGAAACAAACAAUGAAUGUUGUUUACAAAGAGAUUUUCCAGAAUCUCUGA